AUGUCAUCCACGCCCCAAAUCCGCUCCCUCUACCGCCGCCUCCUGCGCGAACUCCCCGUCAAAGACCAAACGACCCGGACCGCGCACCAAAAGCUGUCUGCCGCCUCGCCUCUGCAAAAGCGUCUACGCGCGCAGUUCUCCACAACAAACCCCAACGCAAACGCCGCGAGUCAGGAGGCGCAGGCAGAACAGUUCAUCCAAUACGUGCAGGCGCAAAGAAUGUACGCGACGCUGAUCGAGCGGUAUAAUCCGGGCAUGGGGAUGAGCGAGGAGGAGAGGGUAAGGCUGAGUGCGAGGAGGAUUGGGAUGAAUCUGCCGGUCGAGUUUGACGGUGGGGAGGGGAAAGAGUAGGGGG